AUGGAUCAAAAUUGGAUAUUCAAUCCCAAUGAAGCUUUUUAUAUCGAUUAUUAUUCUAAAGAUUUUGAGGUAUAUUUCCAUCGAUACUAUGACGAAUUAAAGAGCAAGAUUGGACCUCAGAAUUUGAAAGAAACGAUUAGUGAAUAUGAAAUUAGAUUGAUUAAUUAUGCAAAGAAGGAGUAUAGAGAAUACGCAGUUUAUCAAAAAUUGAUAAAUCAAUUAACUAUUGCACGAACAUUUAAUAAAUGCUAUUUAAAUGAUGAUAAUGAGCGACUCAAGGUUGAUUUUUUGAAUAAACAAAAACAGUUUGAGAAUAAGACAGCUUUUGAAUAUACUCCACAUGAAUAUUUAAUUGAUGUCAAUGACGGGUUUGAUUUUGAACAUCGCGUGUAUCCUUGGCUCUCAUUCGAAAUGCCAAUUUUUGAAAGAUGGACAGGUGAAUCAUUCUACAAACCUCCCAAUAUGAGAAAGUUAUUAAAUGAUAAGAAUCAACCACCGCCGAAAUCAAAAUCAGAAUCAAAAAGUUUCCUCAAGAACUUUAAGAACUCAUGUAAUGGGAAGGGAAUAGUACUAUCGAUUGCAGAUAAACAUGUUGAUCACACAGUUAAUUUAAUUCACUUAUUAAGAGCGCUAAAUAACAGACUACCAAUUCAAAUCAUAUAUCAUAAUGAUGUUUCAACUUCAACUAAAUCUAAAUUAGUAACUGCUGCCCGUGAAGAUUUCAGUCAUUUACCACAAUCAUUCUAUAAAAUACAAGAUAAAUUUCCUCAAGAUUAUUUACAUCCAAAAUCAAACGGACUUCCAAAACAAGAAUUAUGGUUUAUAAAUACAGCAAAUACAAUUCAUGAGAAUUAUAAAUUCAAAUUUAGGGGAUUUUCAAAUAAGAUCUUAGCUAGUUUAUUUAAUUCAUUUUCUGAAUUUAUAUUAAUUGAUGCAGAUACAGUAAUGAUGCAAAAUCCUGAAUUUUUCUUCAAUUUACAAGGAUAUAAAGACACGGGGACGUAUUUUUUUAAAGAUAGAGCAGUAUUACAAAAACGUUCAGCUAAUGAUGGAGAAUUCUUCAAGAAUAUGGGACCUUCAGUUAUUGAUAAUUUAAUGUUUAAUAUUCCACUAAUGACAAACUAUACUAUUCAAAGAGAGUUAUUCAAGGGGUUGACUCAUUAUAUGGAAUCAGGUCUAGUCGUAUUGAACAAAGAUUCUCAUUUCAGUUCAAUUUUAAUGAUGCAAAAGAUUAAUUUCUUCCCACCUAUAAGUGGUAAAUUGUACGGAGAUAAAGAAAUAUUUUGGCUUGGUUUUGCAAUUAAUGGUGAUGAAAAUUAUUAUUUUAAUCAAUUUAAUGCUGCUUCAAUAGGUACAAUCACAAAUGACAAGGAAAGAAUAAAAGAAAAUGGAGAAUUGCCAAAACUGAAAGAAUUGUGUUCUCCUCAUCCUGGUCAUAUAAAUGGAGAAGAUGGAGUAACUUUACUUUGGAUGAAUUCUGGAUUUAGAUAUUGUCAUCAAUCAGAUCAAAUUAAUUUUAAUAAAGAAAUUACAUUCAAAAGAAGAUUGAAAUUUUUAUCUACAAUUGAUCAAUUUAAACUGUUUUAUUAUAAUCCAUUGAGAAUCAAACAGGCAAUCAUACCUCCAUUUCCAUCUGAUCUCAGAGCAAGGAAUAAUGAUGAAUAUGAACCUAGUUUAGGUUGGUCAAUGGAUCAUGAAUAUUGUGCAAGAUAUUUAUGGUGUGCUUAUUCUAGUAUUGGAGGAAAAUUUAAAUAUUCAAAAAAUGAUAAUUUGAUAAAUGGUAGGUUUAUUGAAUUUAGUGAAUUUGAACAAGAUUUAUUUAAUUAUUAUGGUGAUAUUUGGGUCGGAUUAGAGUAA